AUGACUGAUGAAGCUAAUAACAAAACUUUGUUAGAAAAUGAAAUAUGGUUACAAGGAGCUAUUGACAAUGAGCAUAUUAUAUAUCAAAGAUAUUCAACUUUUGAAAAUAUAGAAAGAAUCGGACACGGAACGAUGGGAGAGGUGUAUAAGGCAACAUCAAGUAGGUUCCAAAAGUCUGUAGCAUUAAAAAAAUUUAAAAUUUCUUCAAAGUUUACUAUAAAUGAAAUUAUAAAUGAGAUAAAGCUACAUAGAAAAGUAGACUUACAUGAUAAUAUUUUGAGAUUUCAUGGUGUUACUACGUUAGGUAAGGAUUUAUAUACUUAG